AUGAAGCAAAAUAUUGGACGGGGCGAAUUUUCUCAGUUCCCCAAUUUGUCACAGACAAGCUGCCAGGAAGACGACGUUUCAACUUACGUUCAACAUUUAAAUGCCCUCUAUUCAGAUUUUGAAUCUAGGUUUGAGGAUAUUUUGACUAUGGUAAUACCACCGUGGAUAAUUAAUCCAUAUGGUGACAUAGAAGAAACGAAUGUCAUAAUACAAGAGGAACUGACUGAACUAAGUACAAACGAAGAACUUAAGGUUCAGUUUAAAAAUGGAUCAGCAAUUCUGGCUGCAAAACAACAUACCCGUUACUUAUCCCGUAUUAUGGAAUAUAGCGAGGAAAUUUUUAAUUUCCUUUCCAUCGUCAUACAUAGUGGAAAGGGGGUUCAGCGCUGUUACCAAUCUCCUAACGAAAAAAAGAAACAGACUGGACAUCAUUAG